GUCCUACACGCGUCGGGUGUGAUCAGAUAUUUAGCAGAGUCUCAAAGAGGAAGCUUCCGAGAAGUUGUGAGAUUCGGAGCAGACAAGUCACAAAAGUUCAUAAGCUCAGGCGGUCCACGCGCGUCAGAGAAGAGCCCAAAAGCUUCCGUUCUCUUCCAAUUAGCCAAGUAAUCAACGCAGCGAAACUUGGAGAUUACCGGCUUAUCGACCCAGGCUGCAUGUUGCUUCCUCUCAAGUUCUGCCUUUCGCUUCUCCUCCAGGGCAGCAGUAGUCGGUGGUUUAAGGGAGCGUGGCGCGGUCUUUCAAUCUUUUGGCCUUUGUUGCUUACUUUUGAUAGGAUUUGGGACUUCGGAUGAUCGGGAGAUGGAAAGAGAGUAUUCCAGUUCCAGCGCCGACCGGUCCUCCUCUUCGACUUCCCAACCUACAAAGAGAAGAUCCGACCUGCUUAACAUCUUUAUGAGUGCCGCAUGUCUAAAUUCAUCAUCAGCAGGUACUGGAAAGGGACAGAGUAGAUUUUCAAGUAAUAAAGUGAAGCACGGCUUCCACUUAAUUGAAGGAAAAUCAGGUCAUGAUAUGGAAGAUUAUAUUGUAGCUGAGUACAGAUAUGAAAACAAUCAUGAACUCGGCUUGUUUGCUAUUUUUGAUGGCCAUUUGGGAGAUGGAGUGCCAAGUUACUUGAAAGACAAUCUUUUCAAUAAUAUACUCAGAGAGCCAAUUUUCUGGUCUGAUCCUGAAGCAGCUAUAAAACAUGCCUACCAAUCCACAAACAAAUUUAUUCUUGAAAAUUCGAAACAACUGGGUCCUGGGGGUUCAACUGCAGUCACAGCUAUCGUUGUUGAUGGCAAAGAUCUGUGGAUUGCUAAUGUAGGAGAUUCCAGAGCUGUUCUAUGUGAAAGAGGAACAGCUAAUCAGAUCACUGUUGACCAUGAGCCUGAUGUUGAACGGCAAAAUAUUGAAGAACGAGGUGGUUUUGUGACGCUAUUUCCUGGUGAUGUUCCUCGUGUCAACGGCCAGCUUGCAGUUGCUCGCGCAUUCGGUGAUCAGAGUCUAAAGGCUCAUUUAAGUUCUGAACCUGAUGUACGACAUGUUCCUAUUGAUUCGACUAUGAAAUUUGUGAUUCUGGCAAGUGAUGGUCUAUGGAAGGUAAUCAAGAACAAUGAAGCUGUUAAUCUGGUGAAAUCCAUGAGAGAUCCACAAGCUGCGGCUAAGCGACUAACAACAGAAGCAUUAGCGAGGAAGAGCAGCGACGAUAUUUCUUGCAUAGUUAUUCGAUUCAGAUCUUGAUAAUGAUGAGUUCAUCUACACAGAUUAAUCCAGUUGAUGAGAUUCGGUUCAGCCUCCAUAGUUCAUAUCUAGAUGAAGUUAGUGAUUCUUUAGCAUCUCUUUGCUGGUGCAUUUGUAGAUAUUCUCCAUGUAUAUUGUGAUAGUGUUUGUUUGUUUGUUUUUUUGUUUUUUUUUUAAAUAAUAAAACUGGUAUUAGAUCUGAUCAAUUGCUUUGGUGGAUUCUGGAUCAGAUAUACUGCUAGGUUAUUUCUUUGUUCAGUUAAAAUGGAAGAUGGAUUACUAUAUAAUUCUUUUCAUAUUUACUCAAUGGGCUAAGUUUUCCUAUAA